AAAAUACGGAGCUGAUAUAAACUGCCAAACUCAGGAUGGAGACUAUCCCAUACAUAUAGCCGCUGCUGAGGGAUACACGGAAAUAGUCCAGCUCCUUUUGGAUCGAGGCAUUGAUUGCGAUUUAAAGGCCAGGCAUACAAAAAGCUCUCCAUUACAUUUAGCUGCUGAAAGAGGACACUUGAAAACAACAGAAUUACUACUUAUGCGAGGCGGUAAUCCAAAUAUAAAAAAUUGGAGAGGAGAGUCACCAUUACACAGAGCUGCUGGUGAUGGACACUUAAAUGUCGUGGUAUUGCUACUAAACGCCAACAGUGAUCAUAAUAUGGCAGCUAAGUAUGGUAGAACCCCAUUGUUCUAUGCUGUUGAAAGUGGCAGACUAAACACAACAUCAGUAUUAUUAGAGCGAGGCAGUGAUUCAAAUUUGAAGAACAUAUUUGGUGAUACUGUAUUACAUUUAGCUGCAGAAUGUAAACAUCCGGAGAUAUUCAGAAUAUUGUUGACUUCCGGAAGUGAUCCAAGGAUUAGAAAUAACUCGGGUGAGACACCGAUUGAUAGUUUUAAGAGAGUAUAUAGGGAUUCAGUUGAGACUAGCUAUAGAAAACUAGAUUUACCAAUGCUAGAAAUGCUGGAACUAAUAAUACAGGAAAUAGAUGGAGAAAAAGAAGAAGAAGCGAGGAUCUUGGAGGAAUUGAGAGGACUUGGUUUGGAGACAGCUUCCGAUAUGCUGGAAGUUAUCAAACUUGGUCAUUAUAAAUGCUACUGGAAUAGAGUGUAUCUUGUUGGACCUUAUUACUCAGGCAAGAGCUGUCUUGCAAAAAUUCUAGUCGGUGAACCAAUUCCAAAAGAACGAAAAUCAACAGAUGGAAUAUGGAUAUACAUGGGAAAGGCUGGCAUGGACAUAGAAGAAACAAAAUGGAAAUGUUUCCCGAAAGGUGAUGCUAUUAAGGAAGUUCUGACGAGUAUGCUAAUGUCCAUUUCGAAACCAGAAAAUAUAGAGACGCCAGUGUCUCAUUUCCAUACUUCACAAACUGAUUUAACAUUGGUAUCUACAAUAGAAAGACGCAAAAAACAUGUUACUAAAGUGGACAUGGAAUUUGAAGAUAAAACAAGUCACAUGAACCCGGUUGUUUUAAACAAAUCAUUUGACACCCCAAUUUUGAAAAGCAAUAUUCAACAUUUUCCAGAUGAUAAAAACAAUAUAUCUGAUUUCCCCUGUAACACAAGUUGUUGGCAGGAUAACCAACCAAGCACAUCACCCGUUGAUAUAGACAGCACUGUCCACGAAUGUUAUGUUGCUUCGAAAAUUAAUGAACGAACCGAUUUUGGAGGUUUACCAGUCGAUCAAAAUGCUUCCGAUGAUUUAAACAAUGAUAAAAAGGAAUAUAGAGGAUUACCUAUCGACAAAAUCAAUACUUCCGAUGUCUUAGACGAAGAACCAAAUAAUUUCGGAGAAUUGCCAUUCGACUGCAAUGCUACCAAUCUGGUCGACAAUGCACAAUUAGAUUUCGGAGGACUGUCAGUUGAUUGCAGUGCUUCCCAUGCCGUAGACAAUGAACAAAAGAAAUAUGCAAGAUUACCAGUCGACAUCAGUGCUUCCCAUAUGCAAGCUGUAGACAAUAAACUAAAGAAUUUCGGAGAAUUACCAGUCUACCACACUGCUUUCUAUCAUUCAAACAAAGAAUCUAAAUUUAAUGCUUCUUCAUAUAAUUUAUUAGAAGAAUCAAAUAUAAGUAAUUUGGAUAUCAAUGUGCAGGAUAAUUCUGCUAAAGGAAAAUAUAUUCUAGAGGUCCCUGAUGCUGUGAAAGGUAGUUUUAUAGGAGUUCCUACUUCGGCAAGAAGUUUGUCAACGGCUACAAUUAAAACCAGAACACUACCAAUUAUACAUCUUUCUGACACUGAUCCAAAUGAUUUUCGAGAAGCACCAAUCAACCACAUUGUGUCACGUGUUUCAACUGAGAAAAAGAGGUUGUCUUCUUCUUCAAAUUCAUCAGAGCUUGUCCAAUAUAAAGAACAAUUAAUGGAGAUUACAAGUGAAUUGUCACACAAAAAUAUUCACCAACUGGUGAUCCAAGCUAUUGCAGAUGGGAAGUAUAAGCAAACUGUAAUACCUAUAGAUAUCUGGGACUUUGGUGGACAGAUGACCCAUCAGCUCUUUAUAACAAGCAGAUGCAUUUUUGUAUUGAUAUUUAAUGGUAGCCUUUGUCUACAUAAGACGAGAAGAGAUUUAGCCUUUUUACCAGGACAUUUUGGUAAACCUACAGUGGCAGUUUAUCUUAUUCACUGGGUGAAUUCCAUAUUAACAUAUUCCAAACGAUUAGACGAAGGAUUUCCAAGAAUACUUUUUGUAGCUACGCACAAGGAUAAAAUUUCAGAGAAAAAACUUGAAUCACACAGAAAUAAGCUUAUGGAUCAAAUCGAGGAUUUAUUUAAAUCGCAUGCAGGUCGGGCACAUCUUGAAUUCAAGCCACUUCUAUUCAUUAAUGCUAUAAAUGAAAACGACCCCGAAAUUGAAGCUCUCCGAAUGCUUCUGAUGAACAGAGCUGUAGAACAUCCUCGAUGGGGCGAACUAAUGCCAACAACAUGGGUUCCAUUAGAAUUGCAACUUUUAAUGGAGGUAGAAAACGGCGUAAAUAUUAUGUCAAAAGCAGAGCUAAAAAUGUUAAAUUCACAAAAUGAACCAAUGGUACUUACCGAAAAGCAGUUGGAGACUUUCCUCAGAGUUCAACACUCUCUUGGAAAACUUCUUUACUUUAAUACGACAACGCUGCGUAACUAUGUCAUCAUUAAACCAGCUUACCUAGUUGAAGUACUUCGAUCAAUUGUCACAGAAAAACAGUUUUGGAUAAAAGGAAAACAGUUUUCUCGUGUCCUGCAAACUUUGAGGGAUACAGGAUUUAUUGAUCGAUGGGAUAUCUAUUCAAUAUGGAACCAGGUUUCGUUUAAACAAAUUUUUCCAUAUAAAGUAUUUAUGAUUGAGGUUUUGGUUCAUCUCGACGUUUUAGUUGCUCCACAAACUGAAAACGAGGAUCUACAUCACAACAUCGAACGCGUGUCAAGGUUUCUAGUUCCAUGUAUGAUAACAAGGCCUAAUAAAACCAAGUACAUGAACAAAUUUUGUACUUCCAAAACAUCUAUCGUUAUGUCAUAUACAUUCAUGGGAGAAGUCAUUCCUCCAGCGCUUAUGUAUAGAUUCCUUGGAUCAUUCGUCACCAUGUGGGGUGUAAAAAAUUACAAAGGAAAAAAGAGAAUGUUAUUCAGCGAUCUUGCCGUAGUAGAAGUGGAUAAACGUCACGAUGUUGCAGUACAGGUAAUGAAAAAUAGACUUGUGGUAUAUCUCAUUCAUUCAGAGAGGAAGGAAGAUAUUGUACCAACACUUGCAUCUUCCGUACAAGAAUGCUUGACUGCAGCAGUUUACAGAAUUUCUAAAUUUUAUUCCACGCUUUCGGAGGACAGCAAUACAUUGCAACAAAAAUCCCAUAUGGUCAUGCCAUUUAAAAUCGAGUUUGGGGUUCAUUGCCAGAAAACUCUAUGCUUCUUUCCUCCUAAAGAUAUGCCAGUAACCGGUCAAGAUCAAGGAUGGCAAUGCAGCUGCCACAAGCAGAGUCAUGAUGUCAAUUGUCUUAGAUUAUGGUUUUCAGAAAAAAUUUAUUGUGAGAGAUGUGACGAGUCUUGUAAUGGUCUUGGUGAAAUAGAAAUAGAGCAGUGUCCCGAAGAAAAACACUUACGCAGAUUGGUGGCAAGACUUACGCAUGAUUGUUGUCGUAAGCUCUUCAUUGAACUUAAUAUGGAAACCAGUAUUUGGGAAGAUAUCAGUCAACAGUUCCUACAUCUACAUCCUGACGAUUUAAAAUUAACUUCUUUGAUAAGAUGGAAAGAAGGAAGGAAAAAUCCUACAUUUCAAGAUAUUCUUGAUGCCUUAGGAAAAUGCAACCUGGAUAAACAUCUACUUUGUCAGGUUUUUAGAGAUGUAGUUCCCAAUACAUCAGGAAUUCCAGAUGAUAUCUUGACCCAAUUACCAUCCACUACUACAUUGCAGUGUCUAGCAAACCAUAUCGGAAACAGUAGUAUGCAGUUAGGUGUAGAACUUGGGAUAACCAUGUCUGAGAUACAGAACGUACAAUACGAACACAAGGACAAGCUGUUGAAUCAGACGAAGGCAAUUUUACGAAUCUGGCAGCAGAAGAAAGCCCCAAAAUGAACAAAUUUAUCACUGAUCAAAGCCUUGCAUAGGAUUGGAAAAAUCAACUGCAUAAGCAUGAUAAGAUAAAUAACAUUUUUAUACAGACAUACUGGUGCAGAUAUGUGGACCAUGUCAUCCAACCUUGCGCUUUUUUUAAAUGUUAUUACUGUACAUUUGUACAUAAAUAUUGUUUUCACAUUUUUAUAGAAAAAUUGUUUUUAAACUUAAUAAAAGCAUGCAGAAAAUAUUUUGUAUUUUAAGUGAAAAAAAAAACCCAACCAAUAAUAAAUCUGUUGAUAACCUGAAUGAUCAUGUUAUUCAUUUAAAAUUAGACAACCGCAAUCAUUGUAAAAUAUAUAAUUUACUUGCUAAUGGUAUCAGUGUGA